AUGGCUCGUUUUUCCAGUAGUGACAACGGCGAAAAGAUUUCAACAAGAUUUGUGGAGAGAAAAAUUGCGGGGUCUGUCACAAGACUCCUUUCCACCACUCCCGAAAUGCAACAACUGGCCGUAUUCGCAGGACAACGUGAACUCGUGUCGGGUUAUGGCCAGAAGGAAACUACCCUCAAUAAAAUCAAAGACGACAAUGCCAAAAAUGGAGAUGAACGCCAUUGCAAUGGCCGCCCGUCUCGCGUGGUCAAUAUGCCAGGCUAUGAGGACGCUUUCAAGCAGGAGGAACUUGCCCACCACGAUCUACAUCUUCUCGGAUUCUCAAAUCGCGCUUAA